AUGUCCCCUCCAGGGCUGGCCCAGCAGGAUCACCGAUACUGGCUGAAGGUUCAGGAUGUGGAGGUGCAGGAGGGGCUGUGUGCCCAUGUACCCUGCACUUUCUACCACCGUGACCUUAAGAACUCUUACUUCGAUGGCUACUGGUUCAGGAAAGAGUCUGAUGUAAGCUACGACCCUCCUGUGGCCACGAACAAUGGACAGAGAAAAGAGAGCAGCAACACCAAGGACCGAUUCCACCUCUUGAGCAGCUCCGAUUCCGAAAAUUGCUCCCUGAGCAUCAGUGAUGUCAGGAGGUCGGACACUGACACAUACAUCUUCCGGGUGGAGAGUGAAGGAGUGGCACAUAGCUACAAAAAAAAGCACCAACAACUACAUAUCCAGGUGAAAGAACUGACACAGAAACCAAUCAUCCACAUUCCUGAGCCUUUGGUGUCAGGCUGCGCCGGGCGCCUCAUCUGCAUCCUGCCAGGAGCCUGCAACCAAACGAACCUCAAUUUCUCUUGGGCUGGCGAGAUGAUCAACCCCAACACAGAGGCCUCUUCAGAGCUCAGCCUCACCCCGGGGCUCCAGGACCACGGCAGGAACCUCAGUUGUCGGGUGACAGUCCUGAGCACUGGGGAAUUUACGGAGAGUACCAUCCAACUCAAUGUGUUCUAUGCCCCACAGAACCUCAACACCCACAUCUCCAUCAGAGCUGCCUCAGGUAUGGGGUCCUUGGAGGCUCUAUAUGUGUGUGCGUGUGUCUACAACUUGUGCAUCUCUGCUCUCCCCAUCCUUCCAGGCCUGGGAGGCCAGAGCGUGCAGUUGCUCUGCAGAGCAGACAGCAACCCUCCUGCAGAGCUGAGCUGGUUUUCCAGCUCCCUGGGGACCGAAACUGCCCCUCCAAAUGACACUGCCUCUGGGAAUGCUACCACCCCUGGGAAUGCCACCACCCCUGGGAAUGCCACCACUUCUGGGAAUGCCACCACUCCUGGGAAUGCCACCACCCCUGGGAAUGCCACCACUUCUGGGAAUGCCACCACCCCUGGGAAUAACACCACCCCUGGGAAUAACACCACUUCUGGGAAUAACACCACUUCUGGGAAUGCCACCACCUGUGGGAAUGAUACCGCCCGCCAAAACAUGGCCACUCUGGAGCUCCAUUUGGCAGAGGUCCCAGAAGACGCAGAAUUCACCUGCCAGGCUCGGAACUACCUGGGCUCCCAGACAGCCUCUGUCAGGCUCUCUGGAUUCUGGCCUCCACAGCUGCUGGGCCUCCACUGCUCCUGGGAAGCCCAGGCUCUGAGCUGCAGCUGCUCUGCCCUUGGCUGGCCUGUCCCUGCCCUGCGUUGGUGGCUGGGGCCUGAGCUGCUGCCAGGAAACUACAGUGACGCCUCCAUCCAGCUCAGCCCCAGCACUGAGGAGCCCUGGGCCAACAGCUCUCUGAGCCUCCUGAGGGCAUUAGAUGCAGGCCACAUGCUCAGCUGGAAGCCACAGGCGCUGUCUGCAGCUGUUCCUGGGGCCCUGGGAGUGGCCGGUGCCCUGGCCCUGCUAUCCCUCUGCAUGUGCCUCAUUGCCAUCACCUGCAUGCUCUUCAGUGCUGAGAUCCAGACUUGGGAAACCAUGUCCCAGGUGGAGCGAAUGGAAGCUUCUCCAACAUUCUUCAACCUGACCCUCAGGCACCUGUCCAUGAGCUCUGGGAAGGUGAGAGUUCGCAGGAAGUCGGUGGCUGCAGGAACAGAGGCAGUGGCCAGUGAGGACCCAGUCAUGGACUCUGUGCCCUGGUGGUUAGCCACCCUCCUACUCUUGGUGGCCACUGAGCCUUCAUUCGUGUCUAGACGGAACAUCAAUUUUCAGAAUCAUGCAUCUCCAUUCUGGAGUUUCGGCAUGGCCGCUCACUCCCAGAACCUCAGGCAAAAGCACAGCACGGACACUCACCCUGACCAGGCUGAGGACUCACAGGAGCUCCACUAUGCCAGCCUCAGUUUCCACGGGAUGAAGCCCAAGGAGUCUCAGGACCCCGCGGCCUCAGGGAGCACCGUGUACUCAGAGAUCAGGACCAGCAAGUGA